AUGAGUGCAAAUACAGAAAUGUUAAUUCCAAGCAUCAAGCGGGUGCGAAAAAUGAACGCAAAGUGGACAGCGGAGGAGACUGAGCAACUAAUUCAAGAAGUGGAGUCAAGGGAAGGAACCUGGAAUUUCCUUUCCGCGGAUUAUCGCGAUAGGAAUUUGCGUGAGGCUCAGUGGCAUGAAGUGGCAGAAACACUAAAUAUGCCACGAGCCGAAGUAUCAGCCAAGUGGAACAGCCUUCGUUGUUCUUUUCGCGUAAGUUUUUCACAUAUAGUACACAAUAGUACACAACAAAUUGCAAUAUAUAUAUAUCUUUUAGGCGGCCUUCAACCGAAGGGUUCAUACAAAAAGUGGACAAGGUGCUGGAAGAACGCCUACUAUGAACCCACUCUACAAAUCGCUAAAGUUCCUCGAGCCUACAUUAAAUGUUGAAGCGAGCACCACUUCAAAUUUAAUAAAUGACAGCUCGUCGACCCUGACCACUCCAACAAUAUUGUUUGAGUCGGAAACGGUAUCUGGCGAUAUUCCACCAACGCCAUCUACUUCACGACCCAAUUUAAGGAAACGUCGUGUUCAAAAAAACGACGAUGGAUACAUUGAAGUAGUUCAACGUACGCUGGAGACCCUCACAUCUGCUACAAAAACUGAUGCUUGGGAUGAUUUAGGCAACUUUGUGGCAUCAAACGGCCGUGAGUGGGACCAAGAAUCUCCACAACCGGCCAGAGAAUUCAAGCGGGACAUAUGUGAGUUGAUAUUUAAGUAUCAGCAGAAAUUCACACGCUCAGCAUAA